GACUGACCCGUUCAGUCUCUUGUUCGCUUUUUCUGCACCAACUUUCUUCCGUCCGAGACCAAAGAGCCGGCGACGGAAGCUGUCCCCAUUCAAUCAUUGAUGCCUUUCUUCUCUGGCAACCGCCGUGGCAGCGCCGGAGGUAGCUUUGGCCAUGCCGUCCUCCCCACCAGCAACACCAAGCCGAAGCCCCUCCGAAAACCUUCCGGUAUUCGCCGUCGCAAUCCCUUCUCCCCUUCGUCCACCUUCUUCGCCAUCGGGAUCUCCCUCUCCCUUCUCCUAUUCCUGGCUGUCUUCCUGCGCUACGGAGUACCCAGCCACGUCUCUUCCUCCUCUGCUUCCACCUCAAAGAGCUCCCAAAUUGUUCGCCCUUCUUCCAUUCGUCGUGCGACCCCAAAAUCCGAUGGCGCUGUUGCGGAAGGAGCGAAGAGGAGUGGGGGCAACAUAUCUGCUGCCACGGUUGACAUCACAACGAAGGAUCUCUAUGAUCGGAUCGAAUUUCGGGAUAUGGAUGGGGGAGCUUGGAAGCAGGGUUGGAAGGUCAAGUACGAUGGGAAUGAGUGGGAUGAGGAGAAGCUAAAGGUUUUCGUCGUGCCGCACUCGCAUAAUGAUCCCGGGUGGAAGCUGACGGUGGAGGAGUACUAUGAUCGGCAGUCCAGGCAUAUAUUAGACACCAUCGUCGAGUCCCUCUCGAGGGAUGUACGCCGCAAAUUUAUAUGGGAAGAGAUGUCAUACUUGGAGAGAUGGUGGCGGGAUGCGUCAGACUUGAAAAGGGAAAGUUUUACCAAUUUGGUCAGGAAUGGGCAGUUGGAGAUUGUUAGUGGGGGAUGGGUGAUGAAUGAUGAGGCAAACUCGCAUUAUUUUGCUAUCAUAGAUCAGAUAAUGGAGGGAAAUAUGUGGCUAAAUGAUACUAUCGGUGUUGUUCCCAAAAAUUCAUGGUCCAUAGAUCCAUUUGGUUAUUCAGCUACCAUGGCAUACCUUCUUCGACGGAUGGGCUUCAGGAACAUGCUUAUCCAGAGGACCCAUUAUGAAGUGAAAAAGGAGUUAUCUUUGAACAAAAAUCUUGAAUAUAUAUGGAGGCAGAGCUGGGAUGUGGAUGAAGCUACAGAUAUAUUUGUCCACAUGAUGCCGUUCUACUCUUAUGAUAUUCCACACACUUGUGGACCUGAGCCGGCUAUAUGUUGCCAGUUUGAUUUCGGUCGAAUGGGUGGUUUUGGGUAUGAAUACUGCCCUUGGGGAAUUAGCCCUGUUGAAACAAAUCCUGGUAAUGUGCAGGAGAGAGCAUCAAAACUUUUGGACCAGUACAGAAAAAAAUCUACUCUAUAUAGAACCAACACUCUUCUUAUUCCUCUAGGAGAUGAUUUCCGUUAUGUUAGUGUUGGUGAAGCAGAAGCUCAAUUUAGAAAUUAUCAAAUGCUCUUUGAUUACAUAAAUAACAAUCCCAUUUUGAGGGCUGAAGUUAAGUUUGGUACGCUUGAAGAUUAUUUCACUACUCUACGUGAGGAAGCAGAAAGAAAGAACUAUUCCGUCCAUGGAGAAAUUGGAUCUGGAGAACUUGGUGGAUUCCCUUCUCUUUCUGGUGAUUUUUUUACUUAUGCUGACAGGAAUCAAGAUUACUGGAGUGGAUACUAUGUUUCAAGGCCAUUCUUCAAAGCAGUUGAUCGCAUAUUGGAACAGACACUUCGUGCAUCAGAGAUUAUGGUUUCAUUUGUUCUAGGAAGCUGUCAGAAGUUACAAUGUUCAAAACUUCCCAUAAGUUUCUCCCACAAGUUGACUGCUGCUAGGAGGAAUCUAGCUCUAUUCCAGCAUCAUGACGGAGUUACUGGUACUGCAAAGGAUCAUGUGAUGGAAGACUAUGGGACACGGAUGCAUACUUCUUUGCAAGACUUGCAGAUAUUUUUGUCAAGAGCAGUUGAAGUCCUUCUUGGUGACAUUCAUGACAAGAGAGAUCCUACAGUAUUGGCGAAGUUUGAGCCUGAGCAGACGAGAUCUAGAUAUGAUGUCCAGGCAGUCCAUAGGAUUCUUGACAUUUCUGAGGGGCAGGCUCGUUCAGUGGUCUUCUUUAACCCUUUGGAGCAAACAAGGGUUGAGGUUAUUAUGGUCGUCACAUCCACACCCGAUAUUUCAGUCAUCGAUUCGAAUGGAGCCUGUGUUCCGAGCCAAAUUUCUCCAGAGUGGCAACCAUCCAUGAAGGACAAGAUUUUCACAGGCCAUCAUCGUCUUUAUUGGAAGGCUUCAGUACCUCCAAUGGGCUUGGAAACCUAUUAUGUUACUCGUGGACUUAAAGGUUGUGAAAGAGCAGCUCCUGCUGAACUAAAGAUAUCUCCUGAUUUGAGUUCUUUAUCGUGCCCUUCUCCUUAUACCUGUUCAAAAUUAGAAGGGGACAAGGCAGAAAUUCGCAAUGCCCACCAUACACUUAUAGUUGAUGUAAGUCAUGGUUUGCUACAGCAAAUAAUUCAUAAAGAUGGCCGAAAAACUAUGCUCGGGGAAGAAAUAGGCAUGUAUAGCAGUAUUGGAAGUGGGGCCUACUUGUUUAAGCCUACGGGUGAGGCUCAUACAAUUAUUGAGAAGGGAGGCCUCCUGAUAAUAUCAUCAGGACCACUUGUGCAAGAAUUUUACUCUAUUCCGAAGACUACAUGUUCAAAAACACCAGUCUCUCACAGCACGCGAAUCUACAAGGGAGAGAACACUUUGCAAGAAUUACUAAUUGAGAAGGAGUACCAUGUCGAUAUACUCGGGGGAGAAUUUAAUAACAGGGAGCUUAUUGUCAGAUUUAAGACAGACAUUGAAAACAAGAGGAUUUUCUAUUCUGAUCUAAAUGGUUUUCAAAUGAGCAGGAGAGAAACGUAUCAUAAAAUCCCAUUGCAAGGUAAUUAUUAUCCAAUGCCUUCUCUCGCCUUCUUACAGGAUACAUUAGGUCGUAGGUUUUCUGUGCACUCCAGACAGUCAUUGGGAGCAGCAAGCCUUAAGGAUGGUUGGCUGGAGAUCAUGUUAGACCGCCGUCUCGUUAAUGAUGAUGGCCGCGGUCUUGGACAAGGAGUCAUGGAUAACCGUCCCAUGAAUGUUGUCUUCCACAUCCUCAUGGAAUCCAAUGUCUCUGUCCUACCCUCUACCAAAAAUUUGACCUUACAGCCUUCAAUUCUUUCCCAUUCUGUUGGAGCCCACCUAAACUACCCCAUGCAUGCAUUUGUUAGCAGGAAAGAGGAGUCAAUAGCGUCAAAGCCAUCCUUGGGAACCUUUGCUCCUUUGGCUUCUUCCUUGCCAUGUGAUUUGCAUAUAGUUAACUUAAAAGUUCCACAGCCUCUAAAGUUCCCCCAGGGCCAGUCAGUUGAACCAAGGUUUGCCAUUUUGUUACAGAGAAGGGGUUGGGAUUCUUCAUACUGUAGUAGGGGGGAAUUGCAGUGUUCAUUGGUGACUAAUGAACCUGUGAAUAUUGUCAACAUUUUUAAAGAUCUUUCCGUUCAGAAUAUGAAGCCAACUUCUUUGAAUCUUCUGCAUGAUGACACUGAAAUACUAGGAUAUGUCGGACAGCAGGGCAACGUAGGUCAAGAGGAUAAUUUGCUGAUAUAUCCCAUGGAAAUACAGGCAUUCAAAUUAGAGCUGCAACGACGAACUUGACUAAGUACAUACACUAACAUAUAUCAGAAUAGUUGAAGUCAUGAUAAUUUCUCCUUUAUGUAUCAUUCUCUCGAGCUCAUUAUCUGAAUCUUAGCUUGUUUUUCUCAUCCCAUUGGUUGGUUGAACAGUAGAGCGAGUUCUGUAGGCGGCUAUUUGAAGUUUUCUCAAUUGUACCAUCUGAGCUAAAGCUUUUAUGUGCAAGAUUUUGAUCCACAUACUUCGCCAUUGGCCGGACAAAAGAUUGCAAGGUUUUUCUCCCAGGUGAGUUGCAAUCUCGAUUUUCCACAGCUUAGCUCUUUCAACUUACUCUUAUUUUUCGUUGAAGAGCAAUGAAAUUGGUCAUAGUUUUGCUCUACCAAACAAUUUCUUAUAUUCCCCUGAAUCUUAUCUAUCUUAUAUUGUCAACAUUAUGUACAUAAAUGAUUGUUAUUAUUCUCCGUGAAACUUUUAUCCACUGGAUUCCACUUAA